AGGUAUUAGCGACGGAUGCGUUACUGAUAAAUGACUUAAGCUCCGAUGCCGUCGAUUCGAAAUCUGGUCUUGACCUCGCGGCCCCUUAGCCUACAUUGCGCUACUACUGAGUGCUUACAAUAGCAUGUUAUAUGAAUGAGAAGCAUAGCGUGACCUCUCAACGAAAAUGGAAGAUGCAAAAGUCGACCAGCUGCGGAAAGCUGUCCGGCAGCAAUUGCAGCAAGCCGGCAUCCAGAGCGUCUUGCACCAACUUCUUCUGGAAUAUCAACGGACUGGAGAGGCGGUUACACCUGAAGACGCGCUAGACGUCCUUCAAGGUCGAGGGGUUAUUGAUCAGCUUGUGCGAACAGUGCGGCCACCACAGCAGGCAGUGCAAGCAUUGACACAGAUUUCCAAUGUGGGAACCCUCAAGCCAACGGAGCUCCCACCCGGUAAGGCCUUCCUGCACGUCAAGCUGCUGGGCGGCCGCGCCUUCUCUGACUUCCUGGUCCGCAUGCCCGCGACGCGCGAGCAGCUGCAGCUCUCCCUGGAGCUCUUCGGCCAGCGCUUCACCACACAGCCCGUGGCGGCCGCAGCCGAGCCGGCCUUCACAGGGGAGGCCUUCUUCGAGCUGCCCGUAGGCGGGGCUGGCGCAGCAGGCGGUGGCGGCGGGGGAGCGGUUAUGGACCCGUUACAGCUGCUGUCGCUGCGGCAGGGCAUGCACGCAGUGGUGCUGCAGCUCACACCCAUGAGCGGUGUGGAAGGAGGGGAGGCAGGCCCCGCGGUGACGGCGGGUGAGGGAGCUGCGGCCGCAGCCGCGGUGGCCCGACAGUUGUCGGUACGGCGGCAGGUGUGUGCGCUGGGUGUGGCGGAGUGGCGUACGGCGCUGGUACGGCGGAGCAAGGUGGUGGUGUCCGUACAGCUGGGAGCCGGGCCAGGCGCUGCCGGCGGCAUGCCUGCCUCCGCUGCGCCCGCGGGUCUGCUGACGCUGCAGUUGGAGCUGCGGCCGCCCUUCUCCGCGGCUCUUGAUGAGGCGCUGCUGAAGAGCCAGCAGCGCAUGGAGCACGCGAGGGACGCGGACGUGAUGGCGUCGUUCGUGGCGGCAGCCAAGGCCUGGUGGGGUGACUAUGUGGCACAGAACCUGGCCUUAAAGGGGCGACCGGUCAAGGUCCUGGCCACGGGAGAGGACGGCAGCCAGUACCCGGUGUGCUGCUUCGUGCGGCCGCUGCAGCUGGGCCGCGGGCUGGCCAGCGCGCGCGAGGCGGCCCGCUUCGUGAGCCUGCUGCGGCGGCGGGAGGAGCAGCAGCAGGAGGCGCCGCUGCCGGGCGGGGCUGGCGGCGGCGAGGGGGCGGAGUGCUGGUGCCUGCUGCACACGGUGUUGGCGGCAGGGACAGCGAGCAAGGAGGAGAUGGCGUUGCUGCUGUGUAGCCUGCUGCUGGGCUUCGGGCUGGACGCGUGGGUGGUGGUGGGGCGGCUGCACGACGGCAGCAGCCACACCUGGGUCAUGACGCGCGGACCGCUGGCGUCGCCCACCUUCUGGGAGCCAGGCACAGGGGUGCGGUACACGUUGACUGACGUGGACACCUGGCCGUACCAGUCUGUGGGCUGCGUCUUCAACCACCUCCGCCUCUACGCCAACUGCCAGUGUGACGACAGCGCCUUUGGCAGCUCCUACCUGCUGGAGGACGCGUCGCUGUGGCGGGAGCUGCCCAUGCCGCCCAGCGAGCUGCCAGCCAUGCCCUGGAGCCCCAUUCCGCUGGCGCGUAGCCCCAUCUCCGACCCGCUGGCCCUAGAGGCGCACCUGGAGGGGGCGCUGCGGGCGGCGGCGGAGCAGCACCGGCGGCAGCUGCUGGGCGCGCAGCAGGGGCGCACGGUGUGGGAUGAGGGGCUGGCUCAGCUGCUCAUGCCGGCGUUGGCAGCUUACGAACAUGAGGCUGUUCACUGCGAGGUGGCUCCGGGCAACGACGAGUUCCAGCAGGCCAUCAAGCGGGCCGUGCCGCUGGGCUGGGUGUUCAAGGCCAUGCCGCAGCAGCACAGCCACGUGUGCCCGGACCUCAUGCGGAAGGCGCUACUGGAGGAAGACCAGAUGCUGGACAUCCUGGGCACGAGCGCGAGUACGGCAUGCUACGCUCUACGUGUCAAGGUGUUCGCGUAUCCAGAGGGCUUGACAAGUGUGUGGUUGAUGUUGGCUGUAAAGUAUAACGCUGUGGCAUGAUGAACGAUGGGGAACGGGUUUGCCGUUGCAGUGGCGAGGAAGGCAAGUCUUGUGGGGU